AUGGAUCUGGAUCGGAUCGCGACGGGAGCAGCGCUCCCAGUGGCCACUGAACCUCCGGCAAUCGAAGACGACUUUUCCACGCCAAAUUUUCUUUCCACUGUGGCAUUCGCCGAUUAUUUUGGGCCCACUCUGCCCACAACCACCGAGGAGGAUCUGGACUUUCCCGCCGAAACCCCCUUCCCUUCUGAGGCCGAUGGCGAAGACGGUUCUGGUUCUCUGGCCGUCACACCCAAGACCUUCAAAAUCCCCGAAGAUCUCAAGGAAAUCUCAGAAGUCCCUUCGGUGGACAAGAAUGUCUUGCAUCCAGUCAACUCUUCCCAGCCAACUCUGGGGAAAGAGAGCCUCCAAGGAGACUCUCUUGCUGAAUCCCAGGAAGCUCCAAAGAAAACACCUCCUCUGGAUUCGGAAGUUGGCCACGAAGCCACCGAGCUAGUCACAGAGAGAUACUCCGGCGUGACAGAGGCUCCCGUGACUAUUUUUGCAACCUCUGAGGAAGACCUCUUAGCCUCUCCCUCUAAAGAAGAAGCCCAGACUGAAAUUCUCAGCACAAGUCCUCCAGAAGGAGAGAAGCCGUUGGAGAACAUCCCUGGAGAACCAAAUCUGGACGAGGAAGGGAAGCCCAACUCAACUUCGUGGGAAGAAACCAAAGCUUCCCCUUUAGAGGCAGAGAAAGACACGCCAGAACCGUCUACGGAUGAGAGUGGUGGGACGUUAGAAGACCCCUCCUCAAAUCCCCCCGUUUUUCCUAGCACCCCAGAAGACCUGCCAGGCCAAGAAACAGGAGAGAACGUAGAUGCCCCUUCGCUGUCUUCAGAGGGUGGUCCUGAGACCUCAACAGGGUUCCCUCCCGUUUGGCCAUUGCCCGCCCGUGAAAACGUUGGAUCUCCAGGGAUAAAUGACCUUGAUGUAGGCUCCCUUCAGCCAUCUCCUGCUGGUGUGGACUCUGGUUCUCCUGUAGGGAGAGGUGACGCAGAUCCAAUUCCAUCUUCAUCUUCAGAGCCCAAUCAGGAAAGCCCUGUCAACCUGCCCAGGGAAGAACCAGAAGACAUUCUAGAUGUUGAAGCAGCGGAUUCCUCUCCUUCAGAUGAUGCUCCAUCUGGCUCAGGGCCUCCCGGUGACACCCUUGUUAGGACUUCACCGUUGGAUACAUCAGAUAUUCCUCUGGGGGGACUUUCUGGAACUCCAGAGAUACCUUCUCAGUUGACUGAAGGUGGUGAGAUAGGAGGAGAAGCCUCCACAGUGAAAGAGGAAGGAGAAAACGACUCAGGAAACCCAAAGAGCGAUGAAGGGACAUCUCCUGUGUCACCAUUUCCAGGACAAGAACCUGCCCAAGGAACUGAGAUACCUGAUGAAGAAAGAUCUGAAGAUCUCGGUGGCACAGCUUCCUCCUUGAAUCCUGGGGUGGAAACAGCUAAUUCAGAGUUAGAAGAUAGCGAGGCAACUACCACAUCCAACAGCCUUCCCGAGGAUGAAAUAAAUCCCAUCCCUUCAGAUUUGGCUACUGGAAAUAAACCAGGGGCUUUGUUUGAUACGAUGGUGAGUUCUCCUCCACCUGUGGAGAACGAAGGAGCUGACCAGGCUCAAGAACCACCUGCAGAAGCUCAAGGAUCACCUGCAGAAGCUUCAGAUCCUGCAUCUACUGGUGGACCAUCUUCAGAGACAGAAGGAAAUGAGGCCUUCCCUAAUGAAUCACCUGGAAAUGUUGGUUCCUCUUUGGAGGAGGUAGACACAGAAGCCACCAGUAAAGACUUCUCACCUCCUGACACAGAGUUCUCUUCAAGUUCUGGAACCCUGUUGCCCAUGGAAAGAUCAGGGUCCUUGGAUGAUCAACUGUCUCCAAGUCAGUCACUCGUAGAGAAUGCACCAACAUCUGGUUCCAGUUCUUCCUCAGAAGGAGAACCUACCUUUCCUUCAACAUCUCCCAGUGAAGCACUUUCUGGAUCUCUAAUUUCAGAACCAGACACAACAGAACUUCCGUCCAAUUUGUUACCGGGUUCCCAACCUUCUUCUCAACUACCAAAAGAGAAUGACAUGGAAACGGGCUCAGGGGAUGAUCCAGAAGAUUCCGUUUCCAUCAAUGGAGAAGAAAUUUCCUCUGCACCAUCCAUCAUAAACCCUCAGCCGGCUCUUGUAGAAGUUACUGAGGAACCAAGCAUUUCUGGAGACUUAAGCGACGGACCAAUCUUAUCUCCUAAAGAAGAGAAAAUUGGAUCUACCUCAGAGCCAGGGGUUGAUGAGGAACCUCUUGUAGAUGGUGACAAUACCCAGCACAAAUUCAAUGCUUCAUCUUCUGAACAACAGCUAAGCUCUGAAGAUGCACUGGAUACCAGUAUUCCAAGCUCUGGAAAUGAACCCGCUGUACAAUCUGGGACAAUUUCUCCCCUUGUAGACACCGAGACAUCAACACAAACUCAGGAACCCUCAGCGGAAAAAUCUUCGGCAUCUAUUGAGGAUAUACUUCCCAAUUCGGAGAAUGAAGAUGGCGAACCCUCCCCAGGUCUAUCAUCCAAAACUCUCGGUUCUUCUCCAGGCGGUGAUGGGAUAGAUGAGAGUAGAGACGAGGAAGAUGAUGCCAGGUCAGCUUCAUCAGCCCAAACAACCGUUGCAACAAGCAACGACGGUCAGCCUGGAAGUGACUUUCCUGUGAGACAAUUAGUAACUUCACCUGUUGGAGGAAUUUUAGCUCUGGCACCUAUAGAAGAUGGAGAGACCUCAGUCCCAAGAGAGGAUGCUCAAUUAUCAACAGGAGCAGUAUCUUCUGAGGAUGCAACACCACCAUCAACCUCUUCUACUGAAGAAACAGAGACGUCUGCCUCUGAGCCAUCAGCGGUGGGUUCUCGGCCAUCUCCAGGUGGUGAAGCAGCACCUGAAACUUCUAAAGAGACAGGACAACUGCAAACAUCUGUAGCUAGUGAGAAGGCAUCACCUUUGGCUUCGUCAACCACAGAGUCACAAGGACCCACAGCCUCAGAAAGUGGUGAGUUUUCUGGAGAACUCAACCAUGGAAGUGCGGCCUUCCCAGUUGAAGUGGCGGGAACGGCUAAUUCACCUCCAGCGACUGACAAGGGAUCUCAGGUCCUUCCAGAAGAUGUGGCUUCUUCUGAUGGGGUAGAAGAUUCUGAAGAGAUCACUAAUACGAUCAGUGAGAAAUCUUCUCAAGAUCCAUUGGACAGAGGAUCGGAGUCCAAAAUAUCCACCAGCGAAGAGGAUGCUGAAGGACGUAUGGAUGGAGAACUCUCCCUAAAUAAUAACAGGACUGAAACAGCCACGUUGGAGUCAGCAAAUAAUGGAGGAUCUCAGCUACCUCCUGAUGGUGCUCAGCUAUCUGCAGCCGCUGGAAGUUCUGAGAUAUCAGAAGGUGCCUCUGAUGUAAAUGGGAAGGAAGGAUCUUUGAUCCCAUCAGCUGCGGAGUUACAUUCAACUUCUACUUCUGAAGAAGUGGAAAACACCAACUCAGAAUCCAGGAUUCCCCCAGAAUCUAAACCAUCUCUAGAUGGUUUGCCAACAACAGAGGUUCAAGAUUCUAAGAGUGCAGAAGCAGUAGAAGAUACUUCCAACAAUGGGGAGAAAUUGUCUUGGACCUUAUCAUCCACAGCAUCACAAUCUCCAGGACCAUCAGGUGGUGAGGACGUUUCUGGAGGAACGGAUAACGGGGAAUCUUCUCUCAUUGAGGAAGAGUUGGAAACGGCUGGUCCAGCGGCAACAAAUAACGCAGAAGCUCAGCCAUCCGUGGCGGGUGGAGCCACUGAAACAUCUGACGUGUCCAACAGACUGGAACCAUUAGAAAACUCUUCUUCUGCCAAUGAGGGAGAGACCUCCCUAGGUUCAUCAGCCACAGAAUCAUCAACGGUUCUAGAAGAUCUAGAGGUCUCUGGAAAACCUAGCGGUGGAGAUGGGAUGGAAGCAGUCGAUUCAGAGCCAGCAACUAACACAGAACCUCUGUCGUCUCCAAACGGGCUUGGGCCAGGUGGAGCUACAGUUUCUGAAGAGGCAGAGACACCAGAAGUCUCCAGAACGAGUGAUGGAUCUUCAACUGCUCCAGAACCACAAGCCAUCUCUUCUUCCGAUGAAGAAGAAACUAGCAACACAGAUACAAAUGCAGGAUCUCAACUCCCUCUAGAUGGAGAAUCAGCAGCAGGGACACCCCUUCCCAAUGGGGCAGAGACAUCAGAAGUGUCUUCAAGCGUGCCUGAGGAAAAGGGACCUUCGUCUCCAUCCACUCCAGAGUCCCUAGAAGAUUCGUCUUCCACCAAAGAGUUGGGAACUGCCAUCAGAAAGUCAACAACUGAUGAGGGAUCUCAGCUAUCAGCAGAUAGAACAUCACCAGAAGAUUCUCUUGCACCUGAGGAAGCAGAACCAACGGAAAGCCACCCCAUUGCAAGUGGAGACCAAGCUUCUCUGGUUCCACCAGCCACAGAAUUACAAUUUCCAGAAACAUCUGCCAAUGAAAACCUUCCUGGAGGCCUUGAGAAUGGACAAUCUUCCUCAUCUCCAGGUGAGGAGGCAGACGAUGCGGGGUCAUCAAAUAAUGUAGGAUCUCCAGAUAGCGUGGCAACCGAAGGAGAAGGAGCAGAGACGCCUGAAGACAAUUCAAUUGUAAGCGAGGACCAAUUCUCCGUAGCUCCAUCGUCCACUGAACCACAAUCCCCUGGGACAUCGGUCAGCAAAGAUGUCUCUGAAAACCUGGUUGAGGGAGGACCAUCCCUCUCCACCGAUGGAGGGAAGGAGAUUACCAACCUAGGAACAGCAGGUGCCCAAGGACCCACUUCUUCCACAGGAACAGGUCCAGAUCAAAACAAUAUAGCAGAACAAUUUGGAGAAAAUUCGGAUGCAAUGAGUGGACAGUCGUCUGUUGAUGGAGCCGUGAUUUCUCAAUCUUCAGAAGAAACCUCCAUCUCCAGCUCAGUAUCUUCAGAUGAGAAUUUGGCCGCCCAAGGAAUGAGCCAGGAUGUUGGUGCUCCAGAUUCUUCUCAGCCAUCUUCAGAUAACCAGGGCAAUUUGGCGAAUUCCAUCGAGGAUGGAAGUGGAGAAAACUCUGUUUUGGGUGACCAUAUUUCUACUGGUGAUACUUUGGGUGUAUCAAAUGGUCCAAUCUUGGAAGCAGGUGGAGAGGUUCUCCAAGGAUUUUCUGAGGCUUUGGAUGGUGUCAGUAACUUGGUCCAUCCAUCUUCUGCCAAAGGAACCAAACCAGCAGCAGGUCAACUAUUAGGAGUGGUGUCUCCAUUGGCUUCCUUGCCUCCCAAAAAUGGCCUGCUGUCAGCACCUUCUAAUCUAGGUGGCCCCAAACUUGGCAGUGUGGUUGGGAAAGGUUCAUCUCCCUUAACUCUGGAAGACAGAGGUGAAGUUCUCAAUUCAAUCUUGGCAGUUCACAAGGGGAUAUCCACAGCUUCUUCUGCAGAUGGAGUGCCACCUUCUCUUUUGGGUACAAAAGGAAGCCCAGCAAAGAUAUCAGAGUUGGCUUCUGGAAAACCAGGACUUCAACUCAUAGCAGAUUAUCCUCUCCUGUCCUUCAACUCUGACAUCCUAGCCAACUCGGGCCACAUCCUUCCUGGGAAGCCGGGUCCCGCAUCUUCAGACAGCUCUUCUGCUUCAGAUGAGAAUGAUGAGGACUCUUCAAGUGGCCCUAACUUGUCAAAAGAGCACCAGACUUUAAUGAAAGGGAAGGUCGCUCUUGACUUAAGCAAAGCCAAAACAGAAGGGAGCGAGCCCGGUGUUCAUCUUGCCUUAUCCGGAGUGGGCCUACUAGCCGCCAAGUCCUCAAAACCCACCGGCAAACCCGCAAAGAAGAAGUCCGAUUCGAAGAAGUCCGAUUCGAAGAAGUCCGAUUCGAAGAAGUCCGAUUCGAAGAAGUCCAAGGACAAGAAAACCAAACCAGUUGAAAACUCCGCCAUCAUGACUGGUGCACCAUCAGGUGCAGCAGUGUCCUUGUACCCCUACGGUGCCGGCGUGAAUGAUAACCAAUAUGUGGAAAGGAAAGUGGAUUUUAACUCACCCCUCUUCAAGCCCGAGACUGGGAUACCACUUGGAAAAUCUCUACGCAACUCUCUUUACUUCACGGAUAAUGGACAGAUUGUCUUCCCCGCCUCUGACCAAGACAUUUCCAGCUAUCCCAACCCACCUUCCGGUGGUUUUAAUGGUCGUGAGAAAGUACCCAUGGUGGCUGUGUUUUGGGACAAUGCGGACUUCUCCAAGGGAGCUGGCACCAUCUUUUACCAGGAAUAUACUUGUGGGAAUUCUGCCAAAGACCCCCUCGUCCAAGACGUGGAAGAAAAGAUUCGCCGGUACGUCAAGUCUUCCUAUCGAGCUCGGUGGUUACUCAAAGUCACCUGGGACAAAGUCCAACCUUACCCGGCGCAGAGGCAGAAGAGCAAGACGAACACCUAUCAAGCCAUUCUCACCACAGACGGUUACCGAACCUACGCGCUGUUCCUUUACCAAGAUGGAGGGAUGCAAUGGGACUACACUGAACUCUCAUCCCCCAAUGUGCUGAUUGGGUACACCAGCGGCGAUGGCUAUUUCAAAAACGAUAAUCUGAUGACUCGAACGCCAGCUGAGAAAUACCGUCCCGAUCGCUUCCAAGGUUACAACACAGAUGUGCGCGGUUUGUGGAUAUACAAACUGGAUAGUUGGAUCCGUGUGAAUUACCGGCAGAGGUGCCUGGAUUGGUUGAGUCACGAGACGCUCCCAUCGGCCUGGAAUAGGAACCUGCCCCCUUGCCCAUGUUUUCUGAAACAGGCGAUGUCGGACAACCGCUACACAACCAGCCAAAAAGACGGAGAACUGAAAUUGCACGACUGGUGUUGCAACAAGGCCGGAAUUCCCCAGACGUGUGAGAAGUACGACCAGAAGCGACCCAAGAUCGGUUGCCAAGGUUACAAACCAUCAAUCUGGGGUUGA